AUGACUAAAGAAUUUGAUUAUGAUGUGGUAGUAGUAGGAGCAGGAGUAGUUGGACCUGCUAUUGCUACUGCUAUGGCUCGUGCGGGAAGAAAAGUGUGUAUUAUUGAAAGAAACUGGAAAAGACCCGAUCGUAUAGUUGGAGAAUUAUUACAACCUUCAGGAGUCAAAGCUUUAGUGGAAUUAGGAUUAGCUCAAACCAUAAAUAACAUCGAUGCUAUUCCUUGUGAAGGUUAUUGGAUCCAAUAUUUUGGUCAAUCUUUAAGAUUAGAUUAUAUCACCAAAACUGAAGCUUAUAAUGCUAGUCCUAUUAAACCUGUUAAUGAUUGUGUUUUUAAUGAUAAUGAUAAAGUUCUUACUGAUAAGAACAUUGAUGCCAAAGCUUGGUACGAUGAUGAUUUGGUCAGAGGUGUAAGUUUCCAUAAUGGAGAUUUCUUAAUGAAUUUAAGAGCAGUAAUCAAGAGUGAAAAAAAUAUCACUUGCUUAACUGGUAAUGUGUUUGAACUUACUGAAGAAGAUGAUAUUGUUACUGGUGUUAAAGUAAGACAAGAAGAUACUACCAAAACCAUCAGUUCUAAGUUAGUUAUAGCAUGUGAUGGGAUCUUCUCAAAAUUACGUAAAGUAGUUAAUCCAAGUCCUCCAAAAGUUGAAAGUUACUUUGUAGGGUUAGACUUACAUAAUUGUGAUUUCCCUUUAUACAAAUUUGGACACGUCAUAUUAGGUAACCAUGCCCCAGUAUUAGCAUAUCAAACUUCCAGUACUGAAGCUAGAAUGUUAUGUGCUUAUAGAUCAUCUACCUUACCUAAUUCUAAGGAUAUUAAGAAAUAUUUAACUGAAGAAGUAUUGCCAUGUUUACCUAAACCAAUUCUUCCUAGUUUUGAACAAGCUUUGGAGGCUGGAAAGUUCAAACCUAUGCCAAAUCAAUAUUUACCUGCCGUAAAACAAGGAAAUAAACCCGGAUUGGUAUUAUUAGGAGAUUCAUUAAAUAUGAGACAUCCUUUAACUGGUGGAGGUAUGACUGUUGGUUUGAAUGAUGCUGUACUUUUAGCAAGACUUUUACAUCCUUCUAAAAUUGAAGAUUUAUCUGAUUAUCCUAAAAUCAGUAAGAAGUUGUCCAAAUUCCAUAAUGAAAGAAAGAAAUUGAGUUCCGUGAUAAAUACUUUAUCAAUGGCAUUAUAUUCUCUUUUCGCUGCUGAAUCCACACCAUUGAAAAUCUUACAAAACGGAUGUUUCCAAUAUUUUAUGAGAGGUGGUGAUUGUAUUACAGGACCAAUUGGAUUAUUAAGUGGGAUGUUACCAUUUCCAAUGCUUUUAUUUAGUCAUUUCUUCUCAGUGGCCUUUUAUGCUAUUUAUUUGAAUUUUGCCGCUCAUGGUGUCAUAGGAUUCCCUGUAGCUUUAUGGGAAAUGAUUUAUACAUUCAUAAUUGCUGUUAAGGUAUUUGUACCUUAUUUAUAUCAUGAAUUAUUUAGAUAA